AUGGUAUGUGCCCGGAUGCCCUCACAGCGACGCACCCGCUGCUGGAGCAAAGAAGCAAAAGAAGAAGUGGUAAGUACGGACGCACCGUCGUCGCCGACAUGGAGACUUACGCGCAACGAAAGGUCCAAGGGCAAGGUCAAGGACAAGGCCCAGCACGCCGUCAUUCUCGACAAGACCACUUCCGAGAAGCUCUACAAGGAUGUCCCGUCCUACCGCCUCGUCACCAUCGCCACCCUCGUCGACCGAAUGAAGAUCAACGGUUCUCUGGCCCGCCAGUGCCUUGCCGACCUUGAGGAGAAGGGCAUUAUCAAGCCCGUCGUCACUCACAGCAAGAUGAAGAUCUACACCCGUGCCGUUGGUGGUACUGACUAA